AUGGACAAUGAUACCACAAUUAUAAAACAAGAGGUGAAGCCCAACAUCAAGAAGGAGCCCUUCAACGGAUCAAUGGAUGGAUACCCUGUGCAGGCAGCAGACCCCUUCAACAGCAGGUACCCCCACCCUGCCUACUAUGCAAGGGGAGGCCCCCCCCCCACCGGCCAGCCCUCUGCACCCGACCCCGUCAACGGUUUCCACCCCAAUCUGCCCGCAAUGCACUAUGGCUACUACAACUACCCCCCCAAUGCACUUUUCCGCCCCAAGCUGAGGACCUACGAGGGUCGAAACAGCUCUUUGCCCAAACAGGGCGGCACUCCUGUCCCGGUGGACACUAAGCCGGAAGUUCAGAGUCUCCAGGCCCGGCUGGCGCAGUCCUACCCGAACCCCCCCGAGCUCGCCAACCACCCGAACCAAAGCGCUUACAUCCAGCCUGCGGACUACACCCGGUCCCGUCCCUCCUCCGUCUGCUCCGACUCCUCCAACAGAGGCACGCCGCUCAUCAAACAGGAGCCUAUGGACAUGCCGGUGUAUGAGAACCCGAUGCAGAGCCAGGCUAACACACCGAGCACCACCCCCCAGCCGGCCCCCUGGCCUGGGCACAAGCUCAAUGGGAGUAUCGCCCCCGAGGCCUCGCUGAUGACCCCCGACAAGCAGCAGCCGUUCCCCCAGCAGUGGACGUCCUACCCCGGCUUAAACCCCCGGAUGGCAUCCCCUGCCCCGUCGCCAUCACUCCAGAUACACUCUCCAUCUCCGUCCCCUCAUCUCGUCCCAGCACUCCCGGGUAACAUCCACCAGGGGUCUCCCCGUCCGGGAACACCUCAGCACUGGCCCAGUCCGGCCCCCAGCCCUCAGCCCAACCCGUGGGCCAUGGGGCCGGCGUUCAUCCCCGGUUUGAAGCACAGCAACCCCGCAGGAGCUUACUCCGACAAGAUCUGGUCCAAGACGGGGGAGAGUCGGUGUCCCACUCCCCUCGGGCUGCAGGAGAAAUCGUGGAAGUCGUGCGGAGGUUCGCUGGCGGGCAGCACGCCGUCCCCCGUCCCCGAGGGCCGCCUUUUCCCUGACGCCCUGCAGCAGUCGGAUCAGGCGAGCUGGAACCCCGGCUGCGCAGAGAGCGACGCCGAGAGCAACAAGGGCCGCGAGGAGGACGAGUGGUCCGACAGCGAGCACAACUUCCUGGACAACAACAUCGGGGGCGUGGCGGUCGCCCCGACCCACGGCUCCAUCCUGAUCGAGUGCGCUCGGCGGGAGCUGCACGCCACCACUCCGCUCAAAAAGCCCGAUCGCUCCCACCCCACCCGCAUCUCCCUGGUCUUCUACCAGCACAAGAACCUGAACCAGCCCAACCACGGCCUGGCCAUCUGGGAGGCCAAGAUGAAGCUGCUGGCGGAGCGGGCGCGGCAGCGGCAGCUGGAGGGCGCGCUGCUCGGCCUCUCGCAGGAGGAGAUCAAGGCGCUCUCGAAGAAGCGCAAGUGGGGGACGACGGCGGCCGGCGCCAGCCCAGGACCGGGACAAUCUAAAGACAGCAGGGAGGGGCCGGUGACGCGGUUAGCCUCCACUUGCCACACCUCCUCCAUGGUGACUGUGUCUCCCUAUGCCUUCACCCGCCUCACUGGGCCCUACAGCCACUUUGUCUGAGGGCGGACCUUCACACACACUGACGGUGGAGCAGCGCAGGGUGGAUGAAUGUCUCUCAGCCGUCCUGCAGUCUGGCAUCUCCCCCCCCCUUCACAGUCCACUUGGAGGAGGGGAUGUUUUUAUUGUUUUUUACCUCAUGUCAGGCAGGUGUUUCCGACACACUGCCUGUGGUGCUCUGCCUCUCUCGUCCCCGGAGAGGAACUCCAUUUGCUUUUUCUUGUUCAUAGAAUUUUAAUGAUUCGAAUUAUUGCUAUUAUUAUCAAUAUUAUUAUGAUUGCUAUUGUUACUGUCAAUGUUGUUAUUACAGGUAUUAUUAUAAUGAAGACUUGUUUUUUUUUAUUAUUGCUGGUGUCAUUAAUGUUAUUAUUAAUGAUGUGAUUGUUUGUUUUUUUUGGUUAUGUAUUUUUUUUAAAUCAAUCAGUCUGAGUCUGUCAGACAUUUGCUUUUUCCGUGUUUGGAAAACGUGUACCCUUUUGUUUCUGUUUCCGAUUUGUCUUUGUUCUUGUCAAACUUCCAGCUGUACCUAGAGGAGGAGACACUAUCUGCCUGGCAAGAAACGCGCAAAGUCAUCAUCCGUAGCGUACAUAUGUAUACAAAGCCUUAGAUACCUAUCUUUAUUUGUCUAAUAAACAGAUACGUAUCUUUGAAUUCAAGGCAGUUUAGACUUCGAUAAAAGAUCAUUGCAAUUGUUAUCAACUUCCCUACUGUGUUUAAUAUUCAAAUGUCAUUACCUGGAAUGAUUCAGUGCACCAGCAGCACUUUUGUCGAAUACAUUAUAUUAUAUUUGCUGUUACCUGGCACUUGCAUAUACUUUAUCUCGGUAUUUGCUUCAAAUUUUCACCAUUUGCAUUUUCCUAGCAUAAUGUGCAACAAGAACAUGUUUUGUUGUUGACUGAUAAGUAGAAGUGGUUUCUGCGGUCAAAGCAGUAUAGUGGAAAUAACAGUUGUAGUUGCACAAACAAUUGGACUUUAAUGUUGACCUUUUUGAUGUGGUCGCAGUAAGAAGUAGGACACAUGAAAAGGCUGUGUCUUUGAUGUUAGAGCUGAAGAGCAGCGCUUGGUUUUGCUUUUGAUCCCCUAGCACUCUAAAACUGAAGUGAAUCAAAAUCAAGCACCGCGAUGCAAAACAAGGAAACAAUGCCCAGGUUAGAACAAUUGCAAUCGACAUUUUAACCCAAAUUCGGACAGAAAGUUGCUGCUUUUCUUGCCGUUAGAUGACGUGCUCCUCCUCUUCUGCACCCCUCCAGCUUUUUCCAACUGGUGCUCAACUUCCAGCUCUGAUCGAUUCUCAUUCCUUCGGUUACUCUUCACGGCACUUGAUGCUGUGCUUCGGUGCUCUGACUCUAAUCUGGCUCAAAUAGCGUUGGCAAGUGAAUUGAUUGAUUGAGUGAUGAUGUAAUACCUCGAGACAUGUGUCAUUUGUGCAAAGAGGAAUCGUUUGCUUGCCAUUUGUUCCUGUAACUUUACACAUCUGUUGCCCCACAGAGGCUGAAAUAAGUGACACUUUUUGCAAAUGCCACUUGACCCAGAUCUGCAACUUCUACCGCACAGAGACAGAACUGGUGGCACACGCUUUCUUCCUAUUACAUUCAAGUAGUGGUGAGCAUCUCUCUGUGUAAGCUCUAGAGGGCAGCAGUGUCAAAGCGGUGUGUACAAACAUCCUGCAAGCACCAUUAGAGCCUUGCAUUGCUGCUUUACCCAUCCACCGCCAGCAGGGGGGGGGGGGGGUCUCGCCCCCUUCCUGCUGACCGUGCAUGGGCCUUCGAAAUGCAGCUAGAGGUAAAACUUGUCCCCUUGUGGCACAAAUGUGAAUAACGUCUAGAGAUGCCCCUCCUGGGUUUGCUUCAGACCUGAUAGUGGUGCUCCUACACACUCUGGUGCUCUCCUAUCAAACUUGAUUUACUGUGAAGGGCCUUCCCUCUGCAUGGUGCUGUCAUCUUCUAGCAGAGGGUGGG